AUGGCCUUAGACAGCGAUUUCCAUGCUGCUCUUCUUGCCGCUGCUGAAGUUCAAGAGCAAUGCGCUCGUGCAAAUAGACGUUUAGCUGAGGAGUAUGCUGCUUUGCACCAGCGAUCUGCAGACUCGCAAGCCGCUUUGGACGAAGUGAUAACGAACAAGGACUCACACGCUGGCCCGUAA